GAAAUGAAAGAUAAGAAUGGAAAAAAAAAAAAAAGUUACUUGGUGGCAAAGGUAAAUUGACUGGGACACUUAUUGAUAAAUUAACCGUUUACUAUGGUUUAGUGAUUAGGAGACACUGGGAUUCUGUUGACAGUAUGUAUAAAGCCAUUUGGGCAUCUUAUUUCCAUAACUGCUCUACAGAUAAAAACCCUCAGCAUGAUAAUUGUCCUAUAGGAGAAAACUCGUCGUGUUCGUGGCAAAAAGCGCGAGUCUUGGGAACUUUGCCCAGCUAUAAACAUGAUUAUGAGGCCUUACCACCUGAUGUUGCAACAGCUAUUUUUCCAAUUUACGAAGAUCUAAGUAACAAAAAAUUAUUGGAACGAUGCGUUGGUGGUUUUACCCAGAACAAUAAUGAAAGUUAUAAUCAGCUGAUAUGGAAAAUAACUCAAAAAAAUAUUCCAGCUGGCUCUAAAAUUGUGGAAAUAGCUGCAAACAUUGCAGCCGGGGUCUUUAAUGAAAGUAAAACAUCUCUUCUUUAUUAUAUCAGUGCUAUGGGAUUAUCACUUGGACCCAAUGCUCAUUCCUUCGUGAGUAAAGARGACGCAGAGCGCAUCUCAAUUUCGGACCCAAGAGCGCAAGGGUCGACGCGCGAGGGGAGAAUGGCUCGUAGACAACAACAACUAAACAUUUUGGAGGCAAACGACGAAGCAGAGGGUUCCUCUUAUGGUGCUGGAAUAGAUGACACGAUAUAUCUUGCUCACUGCCAAGCACUUUUUUUUGGAGGUCUCUCCGCAGAUCAUCUACAGGAGCUAGGGGAUCUAAUAUUUUUUUAA